ACUUGUUGCUUUUAACCCGAGCAGUCAGAGACAGUGUUGUGCGUUACAGUGAGAGCGUGAGCUCCAGACAGACACAUUUGCCUUCUUGGCACUGGAGAUAUGAACACCAUCGACGCGCAGAUCCAUAAUAAUAGUAACGCUGCUGUCAACCAUCUCCAGCAAUUGCCAAAAAGCGCGCACGAGACCUCGGAUAUGGCCGUGUAUUGUGACAACUUCAGUGUUUACCACCAACAGAGUCUACCUGCGGCGCAGAGGCCAGCCGGAUACGGCCUGGGGGACUACGCGACCCCAAACCCCUACCUGUGGCUCAAUGGACCUGGUGUCAACUCCUCUUCGUCCAAUAUACACGGGAACAACAGCCCAUCAUUCAUCCCGCCGGCGUACGGCUCUCAGAGGCAAUACCUGAGCAACUCUUCCGGGUUCGCCGGGCCGGAUUUAGGCUGGCUCUCCAUCGCGAGUCAAGAGGAACUUUUAAAGCUCGUGCGCCCGCCAUACUCCUACUCGGCUCUCAUAGCUAUGGCGAUACAGAACGCGCACGAGAAAAAGCUAACUCUGAGCCAGAUUUAUCAGUAUGUGGCGGAUAAUUUUCCGUUUUAUAAGAAGAGUAAAGCGGGGUGGCAGAACUCCAUCAGGCACAACCUUUCUCUCAAUGACUGUUUUAAAAAAGUGCCGCGUGACGAAGACGAUCCAGGGAAAGGAAACUACUGGACCCUAGACCCCAACUGUGAAAAGAUGUUCGACAAUGGAAACUUUCGUAGAAAAAGGAAACGCAGAUCUGAUUCCAGCACAGGUGUUUCCAGUAACACAAAACCGGAGGAUGAUCGUCAGCUCGCCGGUAUCAAACCCACUGACAGCCCUCACCUCACUGGACCCGCAUCUCCUGACGCGGACGUGGCCACUGACACCCACAAAGCCGCGUCUCCCGCAGGCCUCGCGAGCGCUCCGUGCUUCAACAACUUCUUCAAUAGUAUGUCUGCCUUGGGUUCAUCCUCGACUCCAGCCAGCAGACAUGGCUCUCUAGGGCUGGUCAACGAACUUUCCAGCCGAAAUAUCAGCGCUUUGAGCCCGUAUCAUGCCAGCUCAGGGCCUGACGCAGGUGGAGCGCCCGAGCUCCAGGACAGCGUGCACGUCAACCGGGGAAUGUACUAUAACUCUUUUACCGGCGGCCAGAGCGCGCAGUUCAACGGACACUUCUAUAACAGCUUCAGUGUCAACAGCCUCAUUUACCCUCGAGACGGAACGGAGUUAUAAAUCUGUCACGUUCGUGAAUACCCGCCAUUACGCGUAGGUGUAACACUGUGUGUGGGUUCAUCAAGUGCAGCAGGCAAUAAAAAAAAAAAAAAACAUUAAAGUGCGACAUUCACAUAUUCACACCUAAAAAUAAAGGUUCUUUAUUGGCAUAGAUAGUUUCUUGAAGAACCAUUAACAUUAAUGGAACCUUUCCAUACCAUAAUUUACAGAGAAGAAAAGUUCGUUAGAUUAUUAUAAUGUUCGGUAACACUUUAGUUUAAGACCACAAUUCAUGCUAUUAACUGGCUUAGUACCUGCCUAUUAUUAGAUAUUACCUGUUCAUAAGUAGUUAUAAAAUACGAUCUUAUUCUGCAUGUAAAACCUUAACCCAACUUCUACCUUACUAUUAAAAAACAGCUGUUUAGUUUAAUAAGCUAGUGUUAGUAAAUGGUUUGUUAAUAUUAUAAAGUGUGACCUAAACUAAAGUGUUACCUAAUGUUCUUCACAUAAUUAAAAGGUUAUUUAAAAAAUCGUUCUUUGGGUAUCCAAAAAAAAAAAAGGUUAUUCUGUGGUAUCACUGUGAACACCCUUCUUUGGUUCCUCCUGGUAACUUAAUUUUUGUAAAGUGUUAAAAUCCACCAAAUGAGUGAAUUCUGAUGUAUUAAGUGUCAAAACACAUUCUGUUCUGUGAAAAAUCAUUUGUGUCUUAACACAGAUUUCCAUAUUAUGUGCCAGUUUGUGAACAUGCACUAAUUUAAAAAGAUUUUUCAUUUUAGAUUGUUAAUAGGAGUUUGCUGGAGUUUGCCUUGGUAUCGAUGAUUGCCAAGAUUCAGUAUUGUCUAGUGUUAAAAUAAGUUCUGUCUCUGUGUUUUACUUUCUUGUGUAUUUUUUUCUGUAAAUUCAGUCAUCUUGUUAUAUCCUCUUUUUUACUAUUUAUAUUAAGUUAUGUACCUUGCAGUUUGUGCUUUAAGGAAAGAAAUAUAGUAUGUGAUCUGUUCUGAAUUAACAAAUGUCAUCAUGCCACUAAUUCACUUGUUUUUUAAAUAAUGUUGCAUAGGUGAUGAUCUUUACACAGAUAAAACCACUACAUUUUA